ACGUAUAAUUGGUCUGUUAGCAGAUUUCUAUUUUAGUUUUGACUGACUGGUGAACCAAUCAUGAAUGGGACAGAAGGUCCAAACUUUUAUGUGCCAAUGUCCAACAUGACCGGUAUAGUCCGCAGUCCGUUUGAGGAGCCGCAGUACUACCUAGCAGAGCCGUGGAAGUACUCUCUCUUGGCUGCAUACAUGCUCUUCCUUAGUAUCACUUCAUUUCCUGUUAACUUCCUGACACUUUAUGUCACUGUUCAGCACAAAAAACUUCGCACACCUCUCAACUACAUCCUGCUCAAUCUCGCUGUGGCCGAUUUGUUCAUGGUGGUUGGAGGUUUUACUGUGACCCUCUACACUGCCUUGCAUGGAUAUUUUGUCCUGGGAGUGACAGGAUGUAACAUUGAGGGCUUCUUCGCCACCCUGGGUGGUGAGAUAGCGCUGUGGUCUCUAGUAGUUCUGGCUAUUGAGAGAUAUAUUGUGGUGUGUAAGCCAAUGACAACCUUCCGAUUUAUGGAGAAACAUGCAAUCAUGGGUGUAGGCUUCACCUGGGUCAUGGCCCUCACCUGUGCUGUGCCGCCCCUGUUGGGGUGGUCCAGGUAUAUCCCAGAAGGUAUGCAAUGUUCUUGUGGAAUAGAUUACUACACACCAAAACCUGAGUUCAACAACACCUCAUUUGUCAUCUAUAUGUUCAUCCUUCAUUUCUCCAUUCCACUUCUAAUCAUCUUCUUCUGCUACAGUCGUCUUCUCUGCACCGUUCGUGCGGCUGCGGCUCAACAGCAAGAAUCCGAGACGACCCAGAGGGCAGAGCGGGAAGUGACGCGCAUGGUGGUUGUCAUGGUGAUUGCAUUCUUAGUCUGUUGGGUACCGUAUGCCAGUGUGGCCUGGUAUAUAUUCGCUAAUCAAGGUGCAGAAUUUGGCCCCGUCUUUAUGACAAUUCCAGCGUUCUUCGCUAAGAGUGCCGCACUCUACAACCCUGUCAUCUACAUAAUUCUCAACAGACAGUUUAGGAACUGCAUGCUUACCACAGUCUGCUGUGGUAAGAACCCUUUCGGUGAAGAGGAGACCAGCGCAGCUGUCUCCAGUAAGACUCAAUCAUCAGUGGUCUCAUCCAGUCAAGUGGCUCCUGCCUGACCAACAGCACCCCCAACUUCGCAGUUAGACUGUGACAAACCACGCAGAGAUCUGGGCCUAAAGUGUCCCCCUAAAUACACCUGGCUACAAUUUAUUUUUGAAAUAAUUUUGUUUUUUAUAUUUUGUUGAUCUUUACACUCUCAGAACAAAGGUACCAAAGCUGUCAUGGGACAGCACCCUUUCAAAAAAGUACACCCUUUUACCCCAAGAGUGCAUAUUAGUACCUAUGGGAAAAUAUAAAAGAUACAUAUUGGGACCUAAAAGGCACAUAUUUGUACCUUAAUGUUAGUACCCUUUUAAAGGGUUCUGCCCCAGUGCCAGCUUUUUACCUUUAUUUUUGACAGUGUAGAGUUUGUCCAAUCAAUUUAUAUCCUGUAAAAAUGUGACACAGUAAAUCAAUUAAGGAAAACUAAACCUUUUCAGGAUUUUCUUGGAGUUAAAAGUAUUUUAUUUGUUUAGCCUUUACAGAAUCACAAUUUAUAAUACUGAAGAUGUUAAAUGUACACACAGCUACCAUGUGAUUUUGCAGAGAUUCAGUCAAUACAGUCAUUUCUUUGUAACAAUUAUUGAUUUAUUUAAAUGAGAAAUUGUUAGAAUGUCAGUGCAGUAGACACGAAACCACAAGAUACAUCCAUUCUGCCCAAACCUGUAAUGUUAACAGGUUAACUGUUAAUGUAUAGAUGUCAGUAAAUGUUAUCAGUAGAGGAGUUAUAAUUAUGUAAAUGUAUAAAAGCUUGAAUUUUCACAUCAUUUUAUAUUUUAUCGACAUCAU